AUGUCGUACAGUUACAGAGACUACGAAAGGGAAUCGGACGUCUGGGACGAACGCCGUCCUGUCUCAAUCAAGCGUUACGUCAUUCCCCCCGAAGACGACCGUCGAGACUUCAUGUCCAGGCACGAGGAUUCAUACGGCGGCGAGCGCGAGCUGGUAAUUCGUCGCAAGACGGAACGCCAUGAACCCCUGACUAUCUCGCGCUACGAAAGAGAGGUCGAUUACGAACCCUACGAAAGUGAGUACCUACGUCCCCACAACAAUCGUCAAUACUCCCGAUCCAUGGAAACCCUGGAACGAGUGGAGCAAUCCUCUGCUGCCACAGAUCAGUCGAUACUUAUUCGCGAAGCCCGCAAAGCAUACCACAGUCCCCGUGAAUCCGAAUACGAUGUCGUGCGCCGUUCAGAGGGAGACGAGGACCCCUACUACUACCACCGCCACCGCCGAGUCCGCGAGCACGAUGAUCAACGCUCGCGACGAGAGCUGAGCCCCAGUGAUUCUAUUUCUCAGGCUGCUCGCCGCCACGGCCGUGACGACUACAGCAGCGAUGACAGCAUGGUUUACAUCCGUAAGGAAACCCGCGACUACGAUGACCGUUCCCAUUCCCACCACCGCCGCCACUUGGCAGAGGGCGCUUUGGUAGGAGCUGGCGCGGCGGAAUUAUUGCGCAGUCGCAGUAAGAAAGACGGUGAAGUCAGCCAUGGCGCCAGCCGUCUCGGUAAGACCGUUGGUGCCGGUGCUCUCGGUGCUGUGGCUGUCAGUGCUGCCUCUCGUGCCCGCGACUACUACCGAAGCAAGAGCCGCCACCGUUCUCAUUCCUACGAUGAUGAUCAUGCUUCCCACCGCCACAGCCGCCAUAGUUACCACAGUUCCCACGGCCGCGGUCGUCACAGCCGGAGCCGCAGUCGCUCGCACUCGCACUCCCGCGCAAAGACUCUGCUCGAACUAGGCGUUGGUGCUGCUGCCGUGGCAGCCGGUGUCGCCGCACUGCGCAGCAAGUCCAAGUCCAGGGCCAAUGCCGGAGACCGAAAGGGCCGCUCUCGCACUCGCUCACGUUCCCGAGCUGCCAGCCGCGGCCGCUCAGCGAAAGGCGACAAGGACGAUUCAGAGAGCAUCUCCAAGCGCCGCGAGCACAUGGCCGGCGCCGGUCUAGCAGGUGCAGCAGCAGCUGCCAUCGUCGAAAAAGUCCGAAGCCACUCUCGCUCCCGCAAAGGCGAACGCUCCCGCUCCCGCAGCCGCUUCAGACAAGCCCUGCCAAUCGUCAGCGCGGGCCUAGCCACCGCCGCAGCAACAGGUCUGUACGAGAAAAAGAAGAGCGAGAAAGACGAGAAAGAAGGCGAGCGCGGCAGGCUCCGCUCCCGAUCUCGCUCUCGCGCCCCCUCCCAGUCCUACCCCGACCCAACACGCGACUCAGCAGGCCUCAUCGAAUAUGGUAACGCGCCCAUGGAAGGCAGCAUCCCCAGUGAUCACUACUACGGCCAACCAGGCCAGCCAUACCAGGAACCACCGGAAAUGUACGGCGCACGCCGCGCAACACGCAGCCGCAGCCGCAGCCGCGGCGCCCGCUACAGCAGCUCGUCAGCCUCAGAGCACGAAGGCCGUCGCCGCAAGCACCGCAGCCGCUCGCGCGACAUCGCAGGUGCAGCACUGGGCGCCACGGGGCUCGGCUACGCAGCGCACAAAUACAACGAACGCCGGAAGUCGAAGUCCAGGGAGAGAGAACGAGAAGAUAAAUAUGCCCAUUCCCACCAUGACCACCGCGACCCAUACGAGGAGGCGUACGAUCCUGAGCCGUAUGCUGCUGCGCCUGCUACGCAUCUGGACCCCCACUUCUACCAAAACGCAAAUCAGUUCCCGCCUCCUCCUGGUGAAUCGACGCAGAAUUUGAACAUGCCCAUGCCCCAGCCGUAUCCGCCGCCGCCUGGCGCGGGCCCGACGACCGCUCAGAAUUAUCCGGCGUACGGGGUACCUGGACCGGAGCAAUAUGCGCGCCGGGCAGAUGACAAUGUGAGAAACCCGUUCCGGGGUUUGAACGAGAGGCAGAAGUCGAGUAGUCAGCCGCCGCAUGAGAAGAAAUCUGUUGCGUUCGAUUUGCACGAGAGUGAUGGAGAUAGAGAUGGGUAUGAGACUGAUGAUAGUUCUUCGACUGUUGGGGCGCGUGGUGCGCGGGAAGGACGUCAUCAUCGUCGUCGUCGCUCUGAAUCUGUUCCUCGCAAUUUUUCCCAUGCAGGUGCAGGUUCUGGGCGGGGAGAUGGGAAGGUCUCGGAGGACUCAGAUUCCACUGUUGAUUUGCCGAACCGGUUCGAUGGUCAGGGGAGGCUUCUUCCCGAGAGAGACCCUGCCGUUGUUACGAUUGAGGAUUUGGUGAAUCGGUUUACGAAGGUUUUGUUUUAG